AUACAACCUUUCUAUAGCGGCCACCAAGCGUCCACUUCGUUGCAAAGUCUCUUAGUCUGAUUUUGCAGACAUCUCGAAAAGAGUCUGGAUCCGCUGGGGCGACGGCGAGCCCUUCGAAGACACAUCCACCCUUGUCCUCACCGCGCCCUCCCAGACGUUCGUCGACGUGCGUAUCUUCAAAGCGGAUUCACAGUCUGGGACUGCCUUUCCCGAUAACGGGCAAUCUUCCGACGCAUCCCGUCUCGAAUGGGCUUUUUCUGGUGUCGCCACAACCGAGUAUCGCGACGGCGUCUGCCACAAGACCUGGACGCACCAUGUCGAUUCGCGCUCUGCGUAUGGAGACAAACCACCGGUGGAUGAGGGCGAUAUGUUCCCCGAACCAGACGGCGUGCUCUGCCGCGAGAAGGGGCGGAUGGUCAAUCCUGCCACGGGGGAGAUGUCCGACUACGAGGAGAUGUGGGAGACCAUCGAAGCCCAGGCGACUGGUGCGGACAGCGCGAUAUUCUGUCUCGUUGCUGCGGUUAGCGGACCUGCCGCCGAGCUGCACAAGGCAAGGGGCUCGCUCGUACGCAUUGGCCAAUUCAUCCAAUGUUUGCUCAUCGUCGGCGACGAGGUGAAUGUAGAGAGGUGGAUAUAUGCGGGGGAGGACGCAGUAGGCGCAACAGAUGCCAACACCAUCCGGGCGGAUGGUUGGGUGCGAGUUAUCAAACUGGGCCCACGCGUUUUGCCCUGCCGCUGGGUCUUCCGAGGGGAGGCUUGCUGGAAAGGCGCGACGUAUGACGACCAGACGCAGCCAUGGACAUGGUUACUGACGGAGAAACAUUCUUGGUGAGUACUUCUUCACUAUACUCAAGCCUAGAUCUUGGAUUUCCACCUUCCAAACUUCAUACGAGAACACAGACUUCUCUUCCAUACCACCGAA